AUGGGAGAUUCGAAUGAAGCCAAGAAAGGAAUUUGGAAGGAGAUAUCCUAUGAAGAAGAAUUGAUCUAUUAUUUGGUAGCAAGAAUUUAAAGAAGAGGACACAACAAAUUAUAAUUGGGAAGAAAGCCAUACCCAUCCUGAAAAAGAAAAGAACAAAUAAAUCAAGCUCAGUAAUAAGAACACUGGUAUUGAAAGCCCAAGCCAUAGUCCUUUAACUCUCUUAUGUUGAUGAAAAUAGAAUGUUAGAAACCGAAUUGUAUAAAUAACUCAGGUUUGAUUUUAUGGUCUUGAAUGCUAAUCCUAAUGAAAUCAGUUUGACUA